AUUGGCAAUCGUAGGAUAAUAAGAGGGUCGGGGAAUCAUCGCGGAGUUCCAGUUAGACGUAUUGUUUUCCUCGCUGUUGAGACGGAAAACGUCGCGAUUACAUCGCCUGGACUGAGCUGUUUCAUCACCGCUACGUAGUGCCAAUGUGCAAACGACUGAAAUGCUACAAGAUACCGAUCGACCUUUCAAAAAACAUAUCAGCGACAUAUCGCCGACAUACUUGUGCUGACUGGCCGGGUAAUUAACCCAUCUGUAAUUGCAUCUCUAACAAUAUUAAAUUCUCUUUGUGAACAUGAAAGUUUAAAAGUGGAUAGAAACUUGUAGUGCAUGAAAGAACCAUUUGAACUGAAAAGUUGUCUGACUGUGAGAAUAUCAUCAUUAAACCAUUGUAGAUAGAACAGAGAUUUGUUUUUGAAAGCCAACAUGUGGAACUUAUUCCAAAUAAAGUAAUCAUGAGGAGAAAAAUUGUGUUUGUGAAUUGAAGACCAAGACAACAACAGCUGUUUAUAGAACUGUAAAAGUUUAAGAGGAAGUUUUUCUGGUUUGUAAUCACAUAGUAUGAUAGUAACAAGAAUUUUAAGCCACCAACUUGAGAGAAAAUAUAAGCAGGAAUAUGGUUCCAAAUGUAGGUAUGAUUGCGUAGAAACUGUUUUUAUCCAAUUGAUUUUAAAGGUAUUAUUUAGACUAUCAAAAGCUAGAAAAUUAAGACCACCUUUAUCAUAGCUAUUCAUAACAGCGGAUUUUUAAUGUAAUGGAUUUUGUUUUUCCAUAAAAAGUUAGUGUCUACUAAUUUACAUAUAUAAGCCUACUAACCUAGACAAACCUUUUUUGCAAAGAAAAGAACGGGCAAAUCUCUCUGAAGCCACUGGUUUAGUAUUUUUUUCGUCUUUUCAAUGAGAGGUUGAAAAUGAACCUCACAUCUUUUGUAAUGUUAAUUCCUAAAUAGGUAUACAGAUUCUUUUACAGGGAUUUCAACGGGCACCUACACUGACGUUGGCGUUGAGGGGGCGGAGUUACGCGGCGACGCUCAGCGGAAGCGUGGCUGUUGGGGGCGGGGUUACGCGGCGACGUGCAGCGGAAGCCAGUCCAUGCUGCUCUGACUUUGGUCUGAAACAUGUCCGUCCUAUAAUUCGUUACUAUUAGCAGUUUCUCAGUAUGUUUCUUCCAUUUUUGCGAACGGUUGUGUCACGUCAAUGUUGCCGACCUACCUUGAAGGGUAUACCGCUGCAGCGUCUUCUUCAAAGGGGACGCUCCUCUGUGACAGCCCAGGUUCUGCCAACGGCUGCUUCGGUGCCCAACGCAGCCACUAAUCGCAUUGUCGGGAGAUGGCUGGUGGGUUGCAGCGGCCUGGUGGUUGGAGCCGUGGUCCUUGGUGGAGUCACCAGGCUGACCGAAUCCGGUCUGUCCAUGGUGGACUGGCACCUGGUGAAAGAGAUGAAGCCCCCACAGACAAAUGCCGAGUGGGAGGCAGAGUUCCAGAAGUACCAGCAGUACCCAGAGUUUAAAAUACUGAACCAUGACAUGACCCUAUCAGAGUUCAAGGCUAUCUUCUACAUGGAGUGGGGACAUCGGAUGUGGGGCCGGCUGGUGGGGCUGGCCUACAUCCUGCCCAUGGUGUAUUUCUGGAGGAGGGGCUACUUCACACGCUCUAUGAAGGGCUGCGUGCUGGGCCUCUCUGGUCUGGUCACAUUCCAGGGCCUGCUGGGCUGGUACAUGGUGAAGAGUGGCUUGGAGGAUAAACCAGAGUCCUACGAUGUGCCACGUGUGAGCCAGUACCGGCUAGCGGCUCACCUGGGCUCGGCGCUCCUGCUGUACUGUGCCAGUCUCUGGACAGGGCUGUCCCUGAUGCUGCCCGCGCAGAAGCUGCCAGACUCGCGCCAUCUUACCACGCUCCGUCGGCUUGCCCGUGGGACAGGAGGGCUGGUCUUCCUCACAGCCCUAUCAGGGGCAUUUGUGGCUGGCCUGGAUGCUGGCCUGGUCUACAACUCCUUCCCCAAGAUGGCUGAUCGCUGGAUCCCCGACGACCUGCUGGCCUUCUCCCCCACGCUCAGGAACUUCUUUGAGAACCCCACCACCGUGCAGUUUGACCACCGUGUCUUGGGCAUCGCCACGGUGACAGCCAUUACGGGUCUCUACUUAUUCUCCAGGAAGCUGCUGCUGCCCCGAAGGGCUAAGAUGGCCCUCAGCUGCCUGCUGGCCGUGGCCUACGCCCAGGUUGGCUUGGGCAUCAGCACUCUGCUCCUGUAUGUGCCCACACCUUUGGCAGUGACUCACCAGUCCGGCUCGCUGGCAUUGCUGACGCUGGCCAUCUGGGUCCUUGCUGAGCUGCGCAGGGUGGUCAAGUGAAUGCCUGACUCGCCCUUGGUGCUGGGCUGCCACCGACUGCUGUGACCAGGAUGGACCCACCCCCCAUUCUUGUUUUCAGCCAUUUUCCUCACAUAAUGAAUCACUCCACCUUUGGUAUUUAAAUUGCCAUCUCAGAUCCUUCUUCAGUCUGUUAACUGCAGCUGGGUGUGGAACACCUCUAUCCAUGCAGGACUUAUUCUGAAAUAAGGGCCACGGGCGCAGUGCUUUUAUGACGGGUGGUGAUGAUUUCAGUCGGGGGGUGGGAUCUCCCCGUUGUCUUGGGCCCUCAGAUCUAACAUUUAGCCCAUCAAUCUGACUGCAGCUCCGUCCUCUCAGGCCUAGUAAAGGUUUUCAGAGACUACAGUUAGAAAUCUGUAUAAACACUGCUGAAGAGCUAAAUUAUUACUUAUUCUGUGAACGUGAGAAAUAAAAAAUUUGCACUUAGAA